CACUCCCAGCGCUGGUCCAGCUAACUAGCACCAGCACCAGCACUGGCUCUUCUUCGCAGGAUGACCUGGUCUCGUCUCCUCCGUUUCCUCCCUCCGAACUCUACCACCCCUCUCCUCGGCGAGCCAGUCAACGAAGCGCAAGAUGUAGGGCUCGCGACGCUCAACGGGGAGGAAGUGAAAGUUGCUGUCUUUUCGGGGAGUAGCGUCCUUUCCCCUGGGGAGAAGACGGGGAGGGUGGAGGUUGUGGAGAGGCUGUUGAGCCCGCUUGCGAUGGAGGAAGUGGGCACGAUUAGGUGUAUAGGACUUAAUUACAUCAAGCACGCGCAGGAAGCUGGGAUGCCCUUGCCCAAAGUCCCCGUUCUCUUCCUGAAACCCUCCACAGCGCUCUCCGACCCCUACCCUUCCCCAACUCCCAUCCCCCGCCCUUUCGUAAAGGACGACGCAGCGGAUUACGAGUCCGAGCUGUGUGUCGUCAUCGGCCAGAAAUGUAGGGACGUCUCGGAGCAGGAAGCGAUGGGUUAUGUGCUUGGGUAUACGGCGAGUAAUGAUGUGAGCUCGAGGGUUGCACAGCUUGAGCAGAGCCAGUGGUGUUAUGGAAAGGGGCAGGAUGGGGCUUGUCCGAUUGGCCCAACGAUCGUCUCCACCAACGCGAUCCCCGACUACACCCAGCUCCACAUGCGCGGCCUACUGAACAACACCCUGGUCCAAAGCACAAAACUAGACGACCUGAUCUUCUCCAUCCCUCAAAUCAUCGCCUUCCUCUCGAAAGGCACGACCCUCCUCCCGGGAACGUUGAUCCUCACCGGUACUCCGGCGGGCAUUGGUUGGGCUAUGAACCCCAAGGGGACCCUUAAGGAUGGAGACGAGUUCAAGGUGGAGAUCUUGCCGCUUGUGGGGACGUUGGUCAAUAGGAUCGAGUUUGAGAAAUGAGCUCUGGGAUCGGUGGGAAUAAGUAUAUAAGGUUGUAUGUCAGUUAAGGAAGGGAAUGAGCAAUGUUGACC